AUGCAGCAGGAUGAGGUCAUAUGGCACGUUAUCAGACACAACCACUGCAGCUUCAUGGCCAAAAUCGAAACUGGAUUGUUCUGUCGCAACCCGUAUAAUGUGACGGGGAUUUGCAAUCGGAGCUCGUGCCCUCUCGCCAACAGUCGUUAUGCCACCAUUAGGGAACACGAAGGUGUUUUCUAUUUGUAUAUGAAGACGAUAGAAAGGGCGCAUAUGCCGAAUAAGCUAUGGGAAAGGGUGAAAUUGCCGAGAAAUUAUGAGAAGGCCCUUGAAAUAAUAGACAAGCACUUGAUGUUUUGGCCGAAGUUAUUGGUACAUAAAACCAAACAGAGGUUAACAAAGAUGACACAGAUGCGGAUACGCAUGAGGAAACUUGCAUUGAAGACAAGAGAGAAAAUUAUGACGGUACCAACUAAAGAGAAGAAAAGAGAAGCUAGGAGGGAAGAAAAGGCUGAGAAAGCUGCUGUAUUGGAGAAAAGUAUUGAAAAGGAGUUGAUCGAACGCCUCAAACAAGGAGUAUAUAACGACAUCUAUAAUUACCCAGUUAAUGAAUUUGACAAUAUCCUCGAUCAGGAGAUUGGGAAAAGUGCUCUUACUGAAGAUGAAGAGGAACCUGAGAUUGAAUACGUCGAAGGCUAUGAGGAUCUUGAGGAGGAGGAUGAUAUUGAGGAUUUUGGUGGUAUUGAUCUUGGAGAUGAUGAUGAUGACAAUGCUGAAAUGGAUAACGAUGAUGAUGAUGACGAACAGAAUGUAUUUAAGAGAGGUAGAAAGAUUCAUGGUAGAAAGCUGGAGAAAGAAGAACGAGAUCCCAAAUUGAAGAAGAAAGUCAAAGUACAUGUUGAGGUCGAGCAUGAAGACGAGUUUGAAAGACAGACAGCUGUGCUUUAG